AUGGCCGAGAAGGAAGGAGCAUUAGUGAAAACGGGCCAUGAAGAGGGGCUCAAAAUGGCAGCUUCCCUUCUUGAGGAAUACGGACUUCCUCUAGGACUUCUCCCUCUUGCAGAUGUUGUUGAAGUUGGUUUUGUUAAGGGCACUGGAUACAUGUGGAUCCUGCAGAAGAAGAAGGUCGAGCACAACUUCAAGAUGAUCAGCAAGCUCGUAAGCUACGACAGUGAAAUAACUGGUUUUGUCAGCACAAAGAACAUCAAGAAACUCAAAGGAGUGAAGGCUAAGGAGCUCAUGCUCUGGCCUCCAGUUAGCCAGAUAAUUGUUGAUGACCCACCAACUGGAAAAGUUCACUUCAAGAGCCUCGCUGGUAUCACCAAAACUUUCCCAGUCGAGGCAUUUGGUGUUGGUCAGUGA